GAGCCCGAGCUCACGGCGGGAGACUGGGUCCUGAAUGGCGCCGGCUCAGCAGUCUCGGGUUCUACGGUGCUGCAGCUGCCACAUCUUUCAGGCGCAUCAGGUGAAGAAGAGUCUCAGAUGGACGUGCAAGGCUUGUGGAGAGAAGCAGUCUUUUGUUCGGGCUUAUGGUGAAGGCUCUGGUGCUGACUGUAGACGCCAUGUCCAAAAGCUAAAUCUGCUGCAAGGACAAGUGUCAGAGCUGUCACUCAGGUCUGUGGAGGAAGCUGUAAAUGCCAGUGAAGAGGAAAAUGCAGGCCCUCAGCAGGCCGAGGAUGGGAGUCAGCAGGCACUAUCUAAGCCCCUCGAGUCCCGUUGGUUGAAGUAUCUGGACAAGGGCUGUGAGGACCAGGAGCUGGACAGAGGGAGACCAGCUCUUAAGACACAGCUAUCAACCGGUGCUGAGCGGCCAAGCAGUCCAGCCCAACCCAGGAAGAGGAAGUGGAGUCAGCGCCCCAGGCAGCCUGCACACAGCCCACUUGGCCAGAGUGUGGACAGUGUGGAGGACAACUUUGAACACCAGGACUCCACUGGCCUGUUUGAAACAGAGCAGCAAGGCACCGGCCCUGCCCUCAGUACUUCGACCCACAUCAGGGAGCUCGGUUUUCCUAGGUGGAAACUACCAAGUCCUGUCAUGCAGGUUAAUGCCCCAUCUUCUAAAUGGGCACGGUUUCUCCUGUCACCUGGGAACAGUCCUCAAAUGCAUGAGAAACCAUCAAGUCCUCUGCAGGAGGGCACCAUGCUAGCUGACCUAGCACAAGGGACUAUUGAAAACAAGACUCCAGCGGAAGGUCACUUCAGCAGGGCUCCUGCCAUCAGGCCUCCUCAAGCCAUUCACACUCCCACCCCACAGCUGGACAGACCUGACAGGAAGACCCCAGAGCAGCCAAGGGCCAUAGGGACUCCUCGAGCAGAUGGUAGGCCUUUGGCUCAAGGGAUCCAGAAAGCUCCACCCUUGCAGCUGCACAGCCUCUUUACAACUGGAGAGGACUUUGAUGACGACCUGUAGCCUUCACUAUGUUAUGUGACCCCUCAAUGCCAGUCCUCCUUGUUACAGACUGGGGUGCUCUGGAACAAAUAACCCAACAAUAAACAUGCCUGUCAACAGA